AUGGCUGCUAAUAGCGUACCAAAUGCCAAAUCAGUUGCAAUGGGAAAAGUGACUCCGCGUGAAUUUUUUUCUAGUGGAAAGCGUUCCAUGUCGCUCGAAAUUUGUUUUUCUCCCUCACCUUGUGACGUCGUUUCGGUUCGUUUGUUGUUUGUUCGUUUCGUUACUCAGUUGAAGCGUGAGUUCGACCGUUUUGGUGCCAUCAAAAAGAUCGAAUAUAACAAAGGGGACAACCAGGCCUACAUUCUGUACGAUUCAAUUGAUGCUGCUACGGCUGCUGUGAAGGAAAUGCGUGGAUUCCCGUUAGGGGCACCGGAUCGUCGUAUUCGUAUCGAUUUUGCUGACAACGGAACAACACCAUCGUUCUCAAAGCGCAGUGGAUGUUUUGAGGAAGGCGGUGAGUAUCGUCGCGCCCCCGACUACGAAUAUCCGGAAGGUGGUGCAUCAUACGAGGAAAAUUCAUUGUACGGCUAUGGUGGAAGACCGUUCCGCGGCAGAGGAGGAUUCCGCGGGCGUGGUGGUUUCCGUGGCAGUUUUCAUAGUGAUGGCCCACCGCACCACGGGGACAAUGAUGAAUGGCGUCGAUCAGGAGCCGAUGGCGAAUAUGAUUCACGCCGUCGUUCUGGAUCACGUGAACCAGGAAUCGAUAGAUCUCGCUCCCGUUCACCGAGGCGACGCAGUCCGGCUGAUUCGGAUUCUGAUUCGUCUUCUCAUAGGAAUGGCAUGUUAUCGAAUGCAAGAACGUUACCAGAAGUCGCACGGAAAUCUACCACAUUCUGGCAAGGGGCGCUGAUUUUGAAGAGUUCACUAUUCCCCGCCAAGUUGCACCUAACGGACGGAAACAACGAAAUAGUGGACAGCCUGAUGAAGGACGAGGAAGGUAAACACCACCUUCGUAUUACUCAGCGACUACGCCUCGAUCAACCCAAGUUGGAAGAUGUGCAGAAGCGCAUAUCGACGUCAUCGUCGCACGCAAUCUUCCUCGGCCUGCCGGGAUCGACGUCAUCGGUAGCAUCGUCGGAUGAUGCCAGCGUUCAGACGCGUCCACUGCGUAAUCUCGUGUCCUACUUGAAGCAGAAAGAAGCGGCCGGCGUUAUAUCCUUACUCAAUAAGGAAACGGAAGCAACCGGUGUGCUCUACUCAUUCCCGCCAAGCGAUUUUUCGACAGAAUUGUUGAAACGAACAUGUCACAACCUCACCGAGGAGGGACUGAAGGAAGACCAUCUGGUAAUCGUGGUGGUCCGAGGAGGAACCGCCUGAGUUGCGGAUGAGGGCGCAGAUAACACAUAAGGUCAAUAAUUGCUGGUGAUGACGAGGCUUCAACGCUGGCGUUUGCCAUAAAGACAGCAUUGCCAGCGGACGUUAAUGUAGCUGCUCCAUAGCAUUAAUCGCAUCUCUUGAUCUCCAACCGGGUUCUCGAGUGCUGCGAUUCGUGAUUGGGCUUGAAUUACGGUGAUAGUCGUCCUUGUUGGUAGUAUCUUGGAUCGGACCCGAUGAUCUUGAGAAGCUUGACCAGAUCACGCAGCAGAUUUCGGAUUCGAUUCGCGGUUACUUAACUGGGAUUACUGAUCCACAUCUACGUCAACUAGCUGGAUUGGCAGGUUAUGAGUGAGUGCAACAUCCUGAGUGCAACAACUUUUCGGUAGUGACUUUGGUUUUGGUUCCGUGUUGAGGCACAAGAAAGUUCAAGUUCCGGAGGAAAUGGGCCACGCGCAACUCAUGUGGAUAAGGAACGUGCGCGCCUGGAGACCGCCUGUCCAGCUGUUUUCACGUACGGCCACAAUUCCUUCCUUGACCUGAAAACAGUUUUUAUUAAUAAUAAACCAAUAAAUCAUUAAUUUCAAAUUA